AAAUUAACAGCUCUGAAGAUAAUUUGAUUUUUGAUUUUGAGAAAGUUCUAGAUAUAAAAGAUGUAAGAAUUGACAUUGAAGAGAAAGGAGAAAAUAGUGAACCAGCUCCUGAAGAUAUUGAAAAUAAUACAGAGUGUAAAUAUUAUGAAAAUGAGGAGGGAAAUUAUAUUAGCAUUUGGGACUAG